GCGCACGGGCGGCGGGAUGAAGGCGUACCUGGACCAGCGGGUGCCGUUCACGCUCCCGCAGCAGCCUCCGGGCCAGGCGGCUCCCGGCGGAGCUCUGAUGGGCGUUGGGAAGAGACCCGCGGAUCCGGGCUUGCUGCCGCCGCAGGAUUCGGAAGAGCUCUUCCAGGACUUGGGCAGGCUCCAGGAGACCUGGCUGACAGAAGCUCAGGUUCCAGACAGCGAUGAGCAAUUUGUGCCUGACUUUCAUUCAGAAAACUUAGCUUUUCACAGUCCUCCUGCUAAGAUUAAACAGGAGCCGCAGAGUCCCUCCUCGGACCCCGCGCUGUCCUGCACCCAUAAGCAGCCAUUCCAGUACCACAAUGGCGAGCAGUGCCUUUACACCAGUGCCUAUGAUCAACCCAGACAAGUCAGAAUCAAGUCCCCCAACCCAGGAACCCCGCUCCAGUCACCAUUUCAACAGUUCCCUAGACAGGACAGAAGCUUCCUCACCCCUGCGGGGCCACCGCAUCCCACAUCCAGCUGUGGAUACCCCAACGAAACCAGCUCUGUGUACCAGCCACCUGUGGAGAUGUGCCGUUCCUUCCCCUCCUCCCAGGGCAUAGCCCAGGAAGACCCUAUUGCCUACCAGCGCCAGAUGUCUGAGCCCUGCCUCCCAUACCCUCAUCAGGGCCUCAAACGGGAGUACCAGGACCUGCGGUAUGAGCAAGGCAGCCAGAGGGGCAGCAGCCGCCAGUACCCAGCAGCUCUGGUGAUCAAGCAGGAGCAGGCUGACUACGUGUACGACUCAGAUGUUCCUGGCUGUCCUUCCAUGUACAUAAAUGUGGAGAGUUACCCCAGCCAUCCAAAUACAGAAGAUCCUUUAGGCUGCAGCUAUGACAAGCAGAUGAGGUCCUUCCCUGAUGAUGUCUGCGUUGUUCCCGAAAAAUUUGAAGGAGACAUCAAGCAGGAAGCUGGAGGGUACCGGGAAGGGCCCCCAUACCAGCGACGGGGAUCUCUCCAGCUCUGGCAAUUCCUUGUGGCUUUAUUAGAUGAUCCAACCAAUUCCCACUUCAUUGCCUGGACUGGUAGAGGGAUGGAGUUCAAGCUCAUUGAGCCAGAAGAGGUAGCCAGGCUGUGGGGUAUCCAAAAGAACCGUCCAGCCAUGAACUAUGACAAGCUGAGCCGAUCCCUUCGCUACUACUAUGAGAAAGGCAUCAUGCAGAAGGUGGCCGGGGAGCGCUACGUGUACAAGUUCGUGUGUGAACCCGAAGCCUUGUUCUCUCUGGCCUUCCCCGAUAACCAGAGGCCAGCGCUGAAGGCAGAGCUGGAGCGGCAGGUCAGCGAGGAGGACACGGUGCCUCUGUCACACCUGGAUGAGAAUGCCGCUUACCUGCCAGAGCUUGGGAGCCUCCCUGCACAGCUUUACAGCAAGGGCUACCCGUACUAGCACUGCUGGGAGCACCCGCUGCCACCCUUGCUUGUGUACAGUACAAGUCUGGAUAGUGUUCAAUCAGUGUAAGCAGUUUUCCAGGCCAGCCUGGGGUGGCACUAAACUAUGGAUACCUGCUUUGGUCAGGAAAAGCUUUCAGGUACACAUAUGGGUAAGCACCUGACAGGGCUCUUGUGCGUUUGUGGCAAGACCCUCAUAUUGGUCAGGAUGGGGCUCAGUCUCAGUGAAGCAGAUGUCUGAGCAGCAGAGCUGCCAUCCCACAGGGCUCUCUUACAGACACAAGGAUGCUACAGUGCUGCUGCUGACUCCAUUCCUCCCCUACAUGCACUGCACCUCUGUAUAACCUGUCCUCAGUAAGGGCUGUCUCUGACCCACAUGGACUCACCUCUGCAAGGCCAGGCCUGCCUUCUUCCCAGGAUGGGUGCAACACAGCAGUCGCAGAUCAUACACCUUCCCUGUGACCUGCUUUGUGGGGAUGGGGAACACUGCCCUGUAUGUGCAUAGUCCUGCCUUGUCACCCCCUUGCUCACAACACUUAAUGCCCGGGCUGUCUGAGCAGGGCAGCUGGAGGCACUGGCCAGGACUGCGUUACCAAUCCUCCCACUGUGGCAGCCUGUAGCAGAAUCCUGUAUAUUGAUUGAAAGCCUCAUUUCCCCCUCAGCCUCUCCCCCUGCAUGGCUAAUGCCAACCCUCCCAGCCUUGUCCCUGGGUAUAAGGGCCAGGAAAAGCAGCUCACUCCGCCUCUGAGGCCAGGGACUCAAAGCAGCCUUCUACACC